GCGCGACCAAGUUUAGUCGAACGCAAUCCCGCAAUUUUAACGAACAAUUUUUAUUGUGCAUUUCUAUCGAAGUUUUUUUUUUUUUUUUGGUUGAAAAGUUUCGAAGAAAACGGUUUUGAGAAAUUGUGAAAAGCGGUGGUCAUCUGUGAAUAUGUCCCACGCAAAUUAUAAUACGCAAAACAUUCCAUGUUUUCCACCAUAUUUCAAUACACAGAAUGAACAGGAAGAAUUUUAUUGGAACUCUUCACCGUGCAGCACCGAUUCCGCGUACAAUUAUCGGGAACUCUCGCCGAACGUAUCGAAUCUACCCUUAGACAAUAGAACAAAUCCGCAUCGGAUAAUAUUCAACAGUCAAACGGACACAAUUUUCAAAACGGACCCAAAUAUUCCAUCCGAUGAAAACUAUAAUCGAUUUUACUACGAUGGAACAACGACGAAAAAUGACGGAACUACUAUGCCGUUUACGCGGAUGCCAAAGCGUCGUACAACAGCCAACAAAAAAGAACGUCGUCGAACACAGAGCAUAAAUACAUCAUUCGCACAAUUGAGAGAUUGCAUACCAAAUGUACCAUCGGACACAAAACUAUCAAAGAUAAAAACGUUACGAUUGGCCACUAGCUAUAUAAACCACUUAAACGGGGUGCUUCGAGGCGACCAGGAUCCAUCAAUUGGAUUUCGUGCGGAAUUGGUGCCAUCGUCACGCAAAAUAAAUGCUGAGCGUCGGGCAAAACUAGAAGCACAGACCCUCUUGACUGAACCACGAAGAAAUAAAGGACGUACUGGUUGGCCACAGCAUGUAUGGGCAUCCGAAUUAAAAGCGUCCGAUGAUUAAUUCCUAUUUCACAUUUCAAGCAGUCAACAUAUAUCUCAUAUUAGUUAUUACUUGAACAGUUUUUGUGUGUUUUUGAGGACUUUUCCGCACUCGUUCUGAAACGGUUUCAGUUUAGAUAAAAUUAGACACAAGUCAGUAAAUAAAACUUGUGGAAAUUGUGCAUUAGUUUUAAAAAUAUGGACAAAACUUUGUGUGAAACUCAAGAUUUUUUUUUCUUCAGAUUUAUUUCACACUCAAAAUAAUCUGAAAUUAAAGAAAAAAUGAUAAAAAUUCAAUUAAAGUAGAAGAUAGUAUUGCCAAAUCCUAUGGAAUAGGAACUGUCCAGCUGUUCAAGCGUACAGAUAAGAGAACUCGAUUAGUCAUAUGGAUAUUUUGGGCUAUUUAUAUAUUUUGUCAAUGAUUCAUUCACAUGCUCGCCACGGAAGUUUAACAUCCAAUUUAAUUGUACAAGCAACACAAAAUCACAAAGUCGAUAAAAGGCGAUAUGAAAUGUUGGAAUAAAACUGAAAUGCACUAAUGGGUUUCAUAAGAUUGGAACAGAAUUUUUAUUCCGCUCUGAUGAAUCACAUUCGGAUGUGUUUCAUCCAGAAAACAAUGCGUACAGUACCCGAAAAAUUGAGUGAUUCAAGCAAGAAGAACAUAUGACUAAAAUUUAUUAAGAUAAAAACGUGAGAAAAUCCUUAUUGCAACAAUUAUAUAUAUAUAUAUAUAUAUGCCAUUAUCAUACACAUGUUCAUUCUCCAAAUAUUGAGUAAAUUUUAGUAUUUAUGAAAAACAAAACGAAUACUAUCUUUGGCUAUAUCACAGCUGAAAGAAUGAAGAAUAAAGAAAAAAACAAACAAACACAUGAACAAGAUUCACGACGAUUCGAUCAACGUUGAUGGAAACAUGUAAAUGUAAUAAACGAAGUCGUGUUUCAUAUUCUGAAAA